CUGACCGCAAACCCCAAGACAAAGGUGCCACCACUGUGAUUAUUAUUCUAUAAAUCCGCGAAAGUCCCCUUACCCAAACAAAGCCCAACGGACUCCUCCCCUCUCUCUCUAGAAAAACCCUAACUUUCUCUCUCUAGAAAGCCACCCGCCUAUAUAUCGAUCCUUCUCUCUACUGAUGGCGUCCGGAUCUUCGGGUCGGGCCAACCCGGGCUCAAAGGGAUUCGAUUUCGGAUCCGAUGACAUCCUCUGCUCCUACGAGGACUACGUGAACCAGGACUCUUCCAAUGGCAGCCACGGCGACCCGGUCAUCGGCUCCAAUUCCAGCAAGGAUUUCCAGAAAAGCAGAAUGGCAAGAUCAGCAAUGUUUCCUGCAGUCUAUAACCAGCCUGAAGAUUCUUUUGGCCAAGAUGUGAUAGCAACCGUUGAAAGAAGUAUGAAGAAAUAUGCUGACAACCUUAUGCGCUUUCUUGAGGGAAUCAGUUCACGGCUGUCACAGUUGGAAUUAUAUUGCUAUAAUCUUGAUAAAUCAAUUGGGGAAAUGCGAUCGGAUCUAGUUCGUGAUCAUGGAGAAGCAGAUUCAAAGCUUAAAACUCUUGAGAAGCACCUUCAAGAAGUCCACAGGUCUGUACAGAUCCUAAGAGACAAGCAAGAACUUGCUGAGACCCAGAAAGAACUGGCCAAGCUUCAGCUUGCGCAAAAAGAGUCGUCUUCAUCAAGCCACUCGCAGUCGAGUGAGGAGAAAACUUCAGCAGCGGCUGUUGAUUCGAAAAAGACUGACAACACAUCUGAUGCACAUAACCAGCAAUUAGCUCUUGCCCUGCCACACCAGGUAGUACCCCAGCAACAGUCUGCACCCCCUCCACAAGCACUGGCUCAGAAUCUAACUCAACAACAGCCCUAUUAUCUCCCUCCAACUCCAUUACCAAAUCCACCUGCACAAACUCAACACCACCCUCAGAGUCAGUAUCAGCCUUCUGAUUCCCAGUACCGAACACCCCAACUGCAGGACAUCUCCAGGGUGGCACCCCAGCCAGCGCAGUCUCAAGUAAAUCAAACGCCACCAGUACAACCAUUCCCACAGUAUCAGCAGCAAUGGCCCCAGCAGUCACCCCAGCCAACACAGCAGUCCAUGAUGCAACCCCAGAUCAAGCCCUCUUCGGCAGCAGUUUACCCUUCCUAUCCACCAAGUCAAUCAACGAACCCAUCUCCUCAAGAAACGCUGCCUAACAGCAUGCCAAUGCAAGUGCCAUUUCCUGGAAUCCCUCAGCCGGUAUCGAGCCGUGCUGAUGCCAUGCCAUAUGGAUAUGGUGGUGUAGGUAGGACAGUUCCGCAGCAGCCUCAGCAAAUCAAGAGCAAUUUUGGAGCACAACCAGGCGAUGGCUAUGCUGCUGUUGGGCCCCAGCAAGUACUUCCUCCAGGGAGUUCUUAUAUGAUGUAUGACAGUGAAGGGAGAGCACACCAUUCGCCUCAACCUCCUCAUUACGCUCAAGGUGGAUAUCCUCCAACAAGUGUCUCUCUUCAGAAUCCACAACAACCAACAACAGGCCCCAAUCUUUUGGUCCGGAAUUCGACCCAUUCACAAUUUUAUCGCAACCAUCCUUAUAGCGAGUUGAUUGAGAAACUGGCGAGCAUGGGUUACAGGGGUGACCACGUUGCUAGUGUGAUUCAGAGAAUGGAGGAGAGUGGGCAACCUGUUGAUUUCAACACCGUUCUUGACAGGUUGAAUGUGCAUUCUUCUGGAGGUUCUCAGAGAGGAUGGUGAAAGGUGAAUAAAUUACCCAAUGCUUGAACUUGGAAUUUCAGUUAAAAUCAUUGCGUGUUUUAUUAUGCAUUGAAUAAAAAAGGAUUGAUGUAAUAUGCACGGUGUUCUUGUAAAUGUGGUUUGAGAGAUACAAAGAUUGAUGUAUAUCUGCGACCUCAUUCCAAUACUACUUUUGUUGUCUA